GGCCAGUUUGCUUUCCGGUGUAUGGCGGUUGCUAGGGAGACCCUGGACAACUGCAGUUGGCGUCUAGUGCCGGGUUACUGACAACACGACAGCAGAGAGGAGCUCGGAUUAACCAUGAGUGAAGAGGAUAGAUACGUGUUCAUCGCUGAAUGGUAUGAUCCAAAUGCUGCUCUGCAGAGGCGGUACCAGCUCCUAUACUAUCCCAAGGAUGGAUCUGUGGAAAUGUAUGAUGUGAAAAAUCAUCGUGUCUUCCUGAGGCGCACCAAGUAUGAUACAUUACGUAAAGAAGACUUCUAUGUUGGAAAUAGAAUAAAUGUCUUUUCCCGUCAGCUUCAUCUGGUCGACUAUGGAGACCAAUACACUGCCCGUAGGGUUGGUGAUAAAAAGGAGAAAACUCUGGCGAUGAUCAAACCUGAUGCGGUUCCAAAGAUGGGCUCAAUCAUGGAGUCAAUUAUAGAUACAGGAUUCACUAUUACCAAAGCCAAGAUGGUUUUAUUGUCUCGUGCUGAAGCCAUGGACUUCUACAGUGAACAUCAAGCAAAAUCUUUUUUUAAUGACCUUAUCAAUUUCAUGACCAGUGGACCAAUAGUAGCAAUGGAAGUAAUUGGAGAUAAUGCCGUAUCUGCCUGGAGAAAAUUGCUGGGGCCAACAAACUGUAGUGUAGCCCGAAGUGAAUCUCCACAAAGCAUACGAGCCAGAUUCGGCACUGAUGGAACUAAAAAUGCGGCUCAUGGCUCUGACUCCAUAACUUCAGCCGCCAGGGAGUUAGAGUUUUUCUUUCCAUCCAGCGGAGGCCGCGGACCAAAAAACACAGCCCAAUUCACCCAGUGUACCUGCUGCAUUAUAAAACCGCAUGCCGUAUCAGAAGGCCUAACAGGAAAAGUGAUAAACCGUAUACUGGAUGCAGGCUUUGAAAUAUCUGCAUUGCAAAUGUUUACCAUGGAGAAGGCCAAUGCUGAAGAAUUCUAUGAAGUUUACAAAGGGGUUGUAGCUGAGUAUACCGAAAUGGUGGUUGAACUAUGUGCUGGUCCUUGUAUAGCAAUGGAAAUACAGGCAACGGAUGCCCCAAAGUCAUUUAGAGAGUUUUGCGGACCUGCAGAUCCUGAAAUAGCGCGCCAUCUACGACCUAGGACACUCCGUGCACAGUUUGGGAAAAAUAAAGUGAAGAAUGCUGUCCACUGUACUGACCUUCCAGAAGAUGCAUUGCUAGAGGUGCAAUAUUUCUUCAAGAUUCUCGACAGCUGAAGUGCCACCAAAAGAAAGACAGAAGCAGGAAUUGGGUUAUUUACUUUAUUGUCUGAUGUUUUGACGGAAAGAGCACUGUACUCCUUGCAAAUAUUACAUAUGUUCCAACAAAUGUGCGCACAGUAGACAUGUAAUACAUCCUAUGGGAUACUGCAUUGCAUUUUUUUUUAAACUUCUUUAAAAUAAAUCUUUAUUUUUCAACACGUGACUUUGGUUUAUUAUUUCAUACAUUACUUUUUCUUGAAGAAAAAUAAAAAUUGUACAACUGCAUAAAUAUAAAAUUCUUCCACCAUGAAAAUGGUUAAAACAUUUGUAAAGAAACAGCACCAAAAUGUGAUGCUUCCUGAAAAAAAACUAAAAAUAAAAUAUAUAUAUAAUGCAAAACAAUUAGCCCUAUUCCUGGCAAAAUUGACAGUCAGACCCAGGCUUCAACACACCUUCAUAACAUACAUAAGAAAUAAGGGGGAGGGCUUCAUACAAAAAAAAAAAAAAAAAAAAAGCAUUAAAUACAAAGCAAAUCACAACCCAUCACCUGUUGUGUAAAGUGAAGCUAAAGAGA